UCUGCUAACUUGAUGCUAACAUUGGAGCUAAGGCUCGGGUACACGAAUGUGUGCUGUUAAGGUUAACGCUAAUCAUGUGACGGUCUCUUGCCGUGGAAUUUAAUUUUGAUAUAAUGUAAAAGAGGAGCAACACAAUGGAUUUGUAACCUUUGAAGCGCGUCGCUUCCGUCGCAGAGGAGGAAAUGAAGACGCUAACGGUAACGAACAAGUGCCGCACGCGAAGCCCUCUGUUUCCGUUGAUGUCUAAAGGUCCCGCCUCCAAGGAGAAACACACCAAUCAGUGAUGGUUAUGGAGGAUGAUGGACGUCCCCACAGCCAAUCAGAGCCAGACACCCUAUCAGCCGUGGGCGGACCAGAACGGCUGGUUCCCAGCUUCACCUCAAGGACCCUCCUGCAACCCUCUGCCCGGCUUUCAGCAUCUUAGCCUGAGCUCGCCUUCUGACCAGAGACCCCUCUACAGCCACCUGCAGGCGUCCAACCAGAGCCACGCUCAUCACAGCGCGCCAUAUUCUAAUUGUGCUGAUCAGCAGCAGAUCAUUCCUGAUGCUCAUGUUUCAUCCAUGGAUGCAGCUGCAAGCCAAGGAAGAAAUAUACCUCCAUGUUCUCUCCCUCUUACGAUCGAAGGGAUGCAGCCAUGCAAGCAACAAAUGCCAUUUUACCCCCCUCACAGCCCUCACCAAGCAAUAUCCCCCCCUUUCCAGCUCUCUUACACACAACACAGUUCACCAAAUGGGUCUCAGUCACCACAUCAAAAUCAUCUACCCAUUAGCUCGCCGUCAUUUGGACAAUGUGCAAACCAGAGUCAGCCGUGUGUGCCUCAGCAUGCAUUUGAGAGGGCAAAUGUGGAGUCCUCUGCUGGAUACACGCACAAUCAUGCCUCGCCAACUUCUCCCAUCCAACAGCAGCCUCAGUGGACGUUUGCAGCACACUCAAGAGGAGCCAUAAACGAGUUUGUUCCCAAUGCUGCUGCACCGGACAGGAACAUCAUGCCACAGUCUCCUAACUCUGAGUCUCGUUAUGGCCUGGACCCAGAGCUCCUGCCCAGUGUUGUGAAGGUGAUUGCAGAGGACAGGGCAGAGUGGGAGGGAAAGGUGUUCGUCUCAGAGCCUUUUUCCCGUCUUCCUCCUCUGGCAACUACUUCCUGUGUCGUAGAGGACAGAGGUAAUGCGAGUCCUUUAGCCAUCCGCUCCGCCUCGUACUGUGUGCCCUGUGAAGGUCAGACUGCCCUGCUCAGCCGUCUGCCGCUGGGGGCUCUGCUCACCCCUCUGGCAAAACAAAAUGCCGGAGAGAAGCCCCUGCCAGUGUGCAAGGAGUUAGAGUGUGUUAUGGGUUGUAGUUGCUGCGGAGCCUCUAUGUGCCCGGUGAUGGGCUGGCAGGACUGUGGACAGAGGUUUUACUGCCCCUUCUGUGGUAAACUCAGUGAAGUGCCAUGGCAACACUACCAGCCCACCAAAGGGGUGGAGGGGGUUCGGGUGGAUAAAGACAAGAGGCCUGAACUCAGUAUGGGGUCAUACGAAAUCCUCAAUUCUCAGCAGGGUGAACCUGCUGCCCUGCUUCUAGCCAUAGAUGUGUCUGCCUCAGCACUGAGAGGAGGACAUUUGGAGUUCGCAACACAACAAAUACUCACUCUGCUCACCUCUCUGAAGAGGGAGGAUGGUGAUGCCUUGUCGGACGUCCGCGUUGGUUUGAUGACGUACGACAGCAGGAUCCACCUGUACGACCUCAGCCCCGCCCUGUCCCGCCCGCACAUGCUGGUCAUCACGGAGACAGAAGACCUGCAGCUUCCUGUGAGGGAGGGGCUUCUGGUGUCCCUCAAAGACUGUAUAGACAGUAUCGACAGUGUGUUGCAGCUCAUUCCUCAGUUUAGUCCGGAGUGUGAUGACUGUACUGGUGUUCCCAUGGAGCUGCCUGUCAAAGCAGGGCUAGCCGUACUGCAGGCCCUGAGUUGUCCUGGCAAGCUGCUCAUCUUCCAUACGGCCCCUCUGAUAGAAAUGAGACACACAAACUCAUCCUCAGGGUUCUUUGGCUCCAACAAACCAAAGUCCAUCUUUCAGCCGUCAGAUCUUGCCCUCUCAUUGGCCAAGGAGUGCGUCAGUCAGGGGUGCAGCGUUCACCUGUUUGUCCUCUCCCAGCAGGAUGUGGGUGGGGCUUGGCCAGGGCACAUACCAUAUCUAACAGGUGGAGCUCUGCACACCUACGGCCACCUCCAGGGAGAACUGGACAGAGAGCGUUUCAGCACUGACCUGAAGGGGAUUGUAGAGACAGACACAGGCUACAAAGCUGAGCUCAGGAUUUUUGUCAGUAAAGAUUUGCGUGUGUCCGGCUGUUAUGGACUUUUCAUCCCUGGGCCGAGCCCCAGUCAGGUUACCAUGGCAACUCUUGAUUGGAGGACAACACUGGCUGUGGAGCUCGCACACACCAGAGCUCUGGACGAGACGAGAGGUGUGGCCAUACAGGCUGUUUUGUCUUACAGCACCCAGAAAGGAGAAAGGAGGACCAGGAUUCACACUCUGACCCUGCGAUGCUCUCGUCACCUACAGGAUGCUUUCCGGCAGUACCAGGCCCAAACACUGCUCACCUUCUACUGCAAAAAAAUUUACUGUGCAGUGUUGGAGCGCCCUCUGCAGGAGCUGAGGGAGGAACUGCAGACGGAGGUAACUGAAGCGCUGGCGUCCUACCGCAAGCACUGCUGCUCUGCUUCAGUGUCUGCUGGACAGCUGGUCCUCCCUCAGUACCUGCGAGCACUUCCUGUUUACAUCAACAGUCUGAGGAAGAGUGAGGUACUGCUACCGGGCCUGAGGAGCUCCGUCCACCAGCGGCUGCAGCAGCGCUGCCAGGUGCUCAGCAUGGACACCUGCAGCACCUCCACACACUUCUACCCUCUGCUGCUGCCUGUGCCGCUGUCACUUGACAGCUCCAGCUCUCCAAACCCAGAGGAGGCGCUGCGCUGCUGUGCUGCCAGCCUGGAGCCCAGAGGUCUGUAUCUGGUUCAUGCACCCCUCGCCCUGCUGCUCUGGGUGGGCACUCAAGUCCCAGCAUGCACCCUGGUCGAGCUCUUCAACACCAGCUGCUUCUCCUCCCUGCCCUCUGGAGAGACCAAGCUGCCAGUUCUUGAAAACCCUCUGUCCAUCAGUGUUCGAUCCCUCAUCAACACACUGAACUCCCUGGCACCCUGUGCACGCAAGCUGUUGGUGGUGAAGCAGGGUGACACCUGCGAGGAGACCCUGCAGCGACACCUGGUGGAGGACAAGAGUCCCAACGGAGGAGCGUCCUAUGCAGACUUCCUCUACCAUCUCCACGUCAACUCUGUGCGGCUUCUGCAGUGACUUCACACACACAUAGACACACACACACACACACACACACACACACACACACACGACCUCUCUGGAUGCAUUAACUUCUGUAAAAGAUGACACUGCAGUAUAUUUGCCUCCCAAAAAACAGGGAUGGGAACAAAAGUAUACCUAGACAUUAUAAUGUGAAAAUAUCAAAGGCCUAUUGUCAGAGAAUCAGACGGUGCAUGAGGACGAUUUCAAGAGAUAUUCAUGUAAGGACUGCUGUGAUACAUGUGUGACGUGUGCUGUGUUGAAUGUUAUCCGUGCUGUUCUGAAAAUGUGUUUUAUGAUGUUAAUUUAUUCCUGUGUCGUCAUGGCGGUUCUCUAAUCUCUACCUGAGAUUUGCGUGUAUGUGUGUCUCUGUGUAUGAGGGUGUGUGUGAUGCCCACAGUAUGUUCUGUGAGUGCAUAAUCUCCAAUGAAUAAAUAAAUAAAUAAAUAAAUGAA